AAUGCGCAUCCAACACAGCACACCUGGGCAUUCUGGGAGCAUCGGACCUCCGAGAAAAAAACCAUGACCAAGCAAGAAUGGGCCAACCUGCAAAAAAAAUUAUUCAGCUUCAGCACAGUCGAAGAGUUUUGGAACAACUAUGUACACAUACCUCCACCGUCCGAUUCAUUUUCGAUAUUCAAAGAAGGCAUAGCACCCGAAUGGGAGGAUUCUGCAAACAUCAAUGGUGGUGAAUGGAAUCUUCGCAAGAGUGGUCGGGGGAAUGAGGGGGAUAUGAUCGAUGAAUGGUGGCAAAAUCUCGUUCUGGGUCUAAUAGGUGAGACAAUCGAUACUGAAGAUCACAUCUGCGGUGCACGCGUC